CUAUUAUACAAUAAACGAUUACGAAUAUUUACGAAUAAAUCACGAACGCGGCGCCUGGCCCUAUUAUACAAUAACUAUAUAUUACUAUAUAUUACUAUAUUAUAUUAUGUUUAAUCUUUAAUAAUAAUAUAAUAUUGUUCCUACACACAUAUAUAUAAUUAAUAUUAUACAAGAUUAUUUUAACUUUCAAUAUUGUAAUAUAACGUACGAUUUAGGAUUGUGUAUUGUGUCUACCACAGUAAUUACGUAUCUACAUUCUACAUUUCGAUAUGAUUUUAACGAACGAAAUAUCUAUUCGAUCGAAGGUUUGAUACUUUAAUCUGCCGAUACUAUUACAGUUCUUUUUCCUUUGUCUAAAAGAUUAAUUUGUUCGGGGACUUCUUUCGGUUUUAAAUUAACUGAGUGCAACAAACUACCUGCCACAAUGUCGUUUACAUUCGCGGUGUUCACUUAUAUUGUGGCCAUGAUAUCAGAUGCAUUUUUAAUAUUUUUUUCGAUAUUCCAUGUUAUUGCAUUUGAUGAACUUAAAACUGAUAGCAAAAAUCCUAUAGAUCAAUGUAACAGUCUAAAUCCAUUAGUAAUUCCUGAGUAUUUGAUACACUUUUUCUUCAAUCUUUUAUUUUUGUUUGGAGGCCAGUGGAUAUCAUUUGCUAUUAAUAUACCAUUAAUGGCUUAUCAUAUUAAAAGAUAUCAAAGUAGACCAGUUAUGUCUGGUUUUGGUCUUUAUGAUCCUACAAGUAUUAUGAAUGCUGACAAAUUGUAUAAAUAUCAACGCGAGGGUUGGAUAAAAUUAUCAUUUUAUCUGUUUUCAUUUUUCUAUUACUUAUAUGGAAUGAUACGAGCGUUGAUAACAGUAUAAACUCAAGUCUAUUCAAGUAUUGGUUUUGUGCAUAUUUAUUCGUCUUUCAUUGGUACCAAACAGCUAUUAUUUUUAUUUAACACUACCUCGGUAUUUUUUGUACUAUAUAGCUAAUGAUCCAAAAAGGAUGUAACAACAUAAAAGCACAAUUUUUGUACUAUUUUGUAAUUUAGUUUAAUUU